AUGUUUCAUUUAAUAACGAUUGAAGAUAAAGUUAGAAUAGCACCAAGUCAAUUCAAUAAUGAAGUACAAACAAUUGAAGAUGAAAUUGAAAAGAAGUAUACAAGUAAAGUUGUAUUAAAUGCAGGUUUAUUUGUAGCAUUAUAUGAUAUAUUAGGAACAGGUGAUUCAUAUGUUCAUUCAGGUGACGGAGGUGCUCACCUUAUGGUUCGUUUUAGAAUGGUUGUAUUUAAACCUUUCAAAGGUGAAGUUUUGGAAGGUGUUAUAAAAAAGUCUUCAAGACAAUCAAUUCAAAUUUCUCUUGGUUUCUUUCAUGAAAUUUAUUUAAAUCCAAUCGAAUUACCAAAUCCAUCAAAUUAUAAUCAAGAAGAAGGAUUAUGGUAUUGGGAAUGGAAUGAAAAUCAAUUGUUUUUUGAAGAUGGUGGUAGGGUUAGAUUUAAAAUUGAUCAAGUUGAAUUUAAUCCAGAGAUAUCACAACCAGCACCAUCACCAAAAAAUGUAAAUACAGAAGCAAUGGAUUCUUAUUCAUUGAGAGAAUAUAAAGAAAAACAAAUUGAAAAUGAAAAUCUUUUGAAACAAGUUAAAUCUCCUUUGAUCUUAAAAGUGUCAAUGAGAGAAGCAGGUUUAGGUAUGGUUUCUUGGUGGACAAACCAAUCUGCUGGUGAUGAUGAUGAAAAUGAAGAGGAUGGUGGAGAAAAUCAAGAUGAUGAAGUAGCUGAAGAUGAUGGUGGGGAAGAACCUACAAUAGAAGAAGACGAAUAG